CUGCGUGCGCGCAGGUCCCAAAACCAAAAAUAUACCAUAACAUCCUCGGGCAUCGUUAAAAAGUGCGAUUCAAUCCUUGCCUUGGUAAAGAGCAUGCGGCAAGACACUGCGACGAAGGAUGGAACGAAGAUGGAGGGGGCGUCGGCAAACGCAAAUGCCGAUGAGGCCCUCGCGAGGAUGGGCUACAAAAGUGAACUGCCUCGAAAUCUAAGCAUGUUGAGUGUCCUAGGAUUGUCCUUUGCGAUUAUCGCUGCUCCUUACGGGUUAAGCACAACCCUAUACAUCACCCUGACUGACGGACAAUCUGUGACAAUCAUUUGGGGAUGGAUCCUCGUUACGCUGAUUUCGAUUGCGAUUGCUUCAUCCUUAGCCGAAAUCUGUUCCGUAUAUCCCACGGCAGGCGGUGUAUAUUACUGGAGCGCAAUGCUGUCGACAAGAGAGUGGGCGCCAAUGAUGUCCUUUAUAGACGGCUGGCUGACCCUGGUUGGAAACUGGACUGUAACGUUGAGUAUAAACUUUGGCGGUGCUCAGUUGAUCCUAAGCGCCAUAUCACUAUGGAAUGAGGAAUAUGUGCCGAACGAAUGGCAGACGAUUCUCACCUUUUGGGCCCUGAUGCUCAUAUGCGCGUUGAUCAACGUGUUUGGUUCCCGGUACCUAGACCUGAUUAACAAGAUCUGCAUAUAUUGGACAUCCACAAGCGUCAUUAUCCUCAUGGCAACGCUACUCUCGAUGGCGAAAACACGAAGAAGCGCAGAAUUUGUGUUCACCCACUACGAUGCUUCAGCUAGUGGCUGGCCUUCGGGAUGGGCCUUUUUUGUUGGCUUACUUCAACCGGCUUACACUCUGACUGGUUACGGAAUGGUAGCCGCGAUGUGCGAAGAGACCCAAAAUCCUCACCGCGAAGUGCCCAAGGCAAUCGUCCUGUCCGUUGUUGCCGCGGGGAUAACAGGUCUGGCGUAUUUAAUUACAAUUCUUUUUGUCCUUCCGCCUGUGAAAAUGCUCCUGGAGGUGGCAAACGGGCAGCCAAUCGGUCUUUUGUUCAAGACUGUGACCGGAUCUGCUGCUGGAGGCUUCGGCAUGCUUUUCCUGAUCCUUGGCAUCCAGAUCUUUGCCGGCAUUGGUGCAUUGACGGCAGCUAGUCGAUGCACGUAUGCAUUCGCUCGUGACGGUGCCAUUCCCGCAUCAAGAAUUUGGCGGAAAGUGAAUCACAAACUGGACGUUCCACUGAUGGGUAUAGUCCUAUCGACACUUGUGGACUGCCUCCUGGGAUUGAUCUAUUUCGGAUCCUCUGCAGCUUUCAACUCCUUCACCGGUGUCGCAACCAUCUGCCUGUCUACCUCCUAUGGCCUACCAAUUCUGAUCUCGGUCGUUCGACGACGAAAGAUGUUAAGGGACGCUCCAUUUUCGCUGGGUAGAUUCGGAUAUGCUAUUAAUAUUGCAACUAUCCUUUGGAUAUGCCUAGCCGUUGCUCUCUUUUGUAUGCCAGUCUCACUGCCCGUUACGGCAUCGUCAAUGAAUUAUGCGAGCGUUGUGUUUGCGGGCUUUGCAACAAUCAGCGUGGUGUGGUAUUUCGUGCGCGCGCGCAAAGUGUUCAAGGGACCGCCAGUGAUGGUCGACGAUGCUGCGCCGGGUGAUCUUGGCGUCUACUCGGUGAAGGGCUCAGGCCACCUCGAAGAAGGUCAAUAUGUUGUUAAUACGAAGACAGAAUAGCUAGUUAACGCGUUUUAGCAUGGAGCAUAGA